UUUCAGUACAUUAUAAUUUUUAGGGACUGAAUUUCCGUAGAAAAAGUUAAGAAUGAAAUAAAUUUCAGGUGAGGACAGAGUUCGGUAAAAACAUUUUUUGCUUGCCCAUUUGGUUCAGGGUUUACGGUACAGCAUGGCAGCCUCCUGGGCGCUCAUGAGCUCAGCUAGCUAGAAUGUUCUAGUGUCUUCAUGUUUGUGUGUUUAAAAGGAGUUACAGGACACUCCGUCCAUUCAAUCAACGCUGAUUUAAAGUACUCUUGAAGAGCUGUGAACAUCAUGGCAGAGGACAGACGGCCCAGGAGGUAUCCCCAAAACCUGCAAGGGGUCCUGCAGCUGGCAGUGGAUGCUGGAUCAGCCUCAGAGGGACCUGCCCCUGCUGAACCCAUGUCAGAGGAGAGGAAAACAUGGCUGAGAGAAGCUCUCGCAGACGUCUGCAAAGGGCAGAUGGAUGAAGUGGAGCAGAUGAAGCAGUGCUUGGCCAUCUUAUACCAAGAGGGAGCGAGCGAAAGGGAGACAGAGGGAGAGGAUGAGGGGGAUGAAGAGGAUGAAGAUGAGCGUGAAUCAGCCUUUGAGAUGCUUUCAGAGUUGUGUGAGAACCUAGACAAUGCUAGAGACCUCAUGACUCUUGGUGGACUGCAGUUGUGCGUCUCCAAGUAUCUGUGUCAUGCUCAAAGUGGACUGAGGUGGCGUGCUGCACAGCUCAUUGCUUCCUGUGCCCAGAACAUGCCGCAGGUGCAGGCCCACCUGUUAAGCAUCGGGGCGCUGCCAAAGCUGCUGCAGCUGACAGAUUCAGACCCCCACCCCACCGUCAGAGUAAAAGCCCUUUAUGCUGUCUCAUGUCUGGUUCGAGAGCAGGAGGCAGGACUGCAGGCGUUCUUGUCCCAUGAUGGCUUCUCAGUGCUGAUGCGAGGCAUGCAGUCUGACAACGAGAAGCUCAGGACAAAGUCGGCGUUCCUCCUGCUCAACCUGCUGACGUCACAUCCCGAACAGAAAGACACAGUUGUCUCCAUGGGUAUGGUUCAGCAGCUGGUAUCUGUUCUGCGCACACCUCACUCACCUUUUCAUGAACAUGUACUUGGUGCCCUUUGCUCUCUGGUAGAAGACUGUCCACUGGGUCUGAAAGACUGCAGGAGUUCUGCUCUUGGUCUGGAGGAGUUACUCCGACAGCGAUCCAGAGAGCUCCAAGGAAAAGAAGAGAGUCAGGAAGAACUGGACUUCUGUGAGCGUUUGAGGGUUAUUUGUUUCCGCGGGCAGCAGUCAGAUGACAAUGGGAUGGAUCGCUGAAGUCUUCUUUACCUCACUUGUUUUGGUAUCAGUGUGCAAAGAUGUAACAACAUUCACGAUCCGGAUCGAGGAUGUUAAGACAAGUUUUUGUCUGUUGCGACAGGUGCUGUCCAUAUUUGGCAUGACAAACAGGAGCUCAGUUUUACUCUGUAAAUAACUCUUAAGUAUAAAAUACUUUUCAAGUCA